AUGUCAACCAUUGAAAAAAUCCCUCCAGAGAUCCUAACCGAGAUUGUUGAGAUCCUUCGCGAAAGCUAUUCGCCCUUCCAACUUGAUAAGAGUGUAUAUAGCUUUGCAGUAACAUGCAGGCAUUUUAACAGAAUAUGCGAAUCCCUUCUCUACUCCCGAUACAGCAACAGAAAUGGCAUCAAAUCCAUUCGCAAAUUGAGCAAAUUUGUUCGACUGCUCAUAUUGCGACCGGAUCGGUGGCCUAAUUUCAAAUUUGUUUCCAUUACGUGGGGUUACGGAAUCUCUCGUGUUUCCUUAAGUAGAGAUCAACACAUGGAGAUGCUCGCGAAUGUCCCAUUCUUGAAAACUGCAAUAGAUCGUCUGCCAGACGAGCUUUACAGGUUACAAAACCGACCAGAUAAUGAGACUAGAGCAGUAGAGACAAGGCAACCUUGCCCAACAUAUGUGGCAGAUCUUGCAAAAGCAUUCAAACGACUAUUAGACGUGAAUAUUUCUCAGAAUUACCUUGAGUUACUGAUAUUCAUACUCACUAUCCUGAGCCCCUACAUACAAAAGCUUCAGAUUAGGAUGAAUAAUUCAGGUGCGAAUGUUCCAGAUCAUCAUUGGCGGGGGCAGAUCUUCACAGUCGUAGGGCCUCCCAAAUAUGUCUCACUUGAAGAACUCCACUACGUUGCUGUAAUUGCCCGCAGAUCAAAUCCGAGAGGGGUCAUUUACACAAGACUGAAUGCACAACUGCUCGAUAUCUUUAUGAAAAUACCUACCCUUAAGAAAUUGAAGGUCGAUGGCUUUGCAUUCCAAUCAGAGUCGCUCUCUCAUGAGGUCACAAACCUGAGAUCAUGUGCGGUAGAAUCUCUAGAUCUCAAGUAUAAUUUCGAAGUCCAUUUCAGGAACUGGAGAAUAUUUUUUCCCAUAUUCAAGAAGCUAAAGCAUUUCUCAUACGAUGGAAAUUCGAAAGACAUGUUCUGCGACGGGAGGCGUGUUGAUUCCUUAGUCGUUCCCGGAUUUCUUGACGAACUUAUGCAAGGCAUCUUUGUGCAUAGAGAUAGCUUGGAGUCUCUAUCUUUGAUGGGGAUCCACAGAUCCAUAUCUGACUAUACGUACCGCAGGAUAUUAACUGCUCCCGUCUUUACACAAUUCUCCUGUUUAAAACACAUGAAGAUGCAGCUGGAUUUGUUGAUAGGUUGGGAGGGCCACUCGGUUCAUCUCCGUUUACACGAAAUUCUGCCGAACUCUCUAGAGACUCUGGAAUUGUGGUGUCAAGCUAGCCUUGGUUGCGUGACUCUCACCGGGGAGUUGCUAUGGCUGAAGAGACAUAAAGAAGUUGUUCCAAGUUUUGCGUUGAGAGAGGUCAAGUUCGUACACGUGAUCGAGAUUUUUCAGGUUGGGGAGACUUGGAAAAUUGAUAUGAUCAAGGAUUUUGGGGAGAAUGGGAUUCAUCUGGUGUUUGUUGGUCUGCCAAUUGAAGAAUUUUGGCGGGGUCGAUAA